ACACUAAUAAAAAACAGGAAUAAUGGAAACCGCGUUAUAGUUCAAAUGUCUCUAGAACUUAUGUAACUUAAGUCACUGAGCAUGUGACAAAACUAAUUUAGUUUUUUUUUUACUAAUUAGAUCUAAAUGCAUUAUGUUUUUCUUGUUACUACUUGCUACAGUUUCGUUAUUGUGUCAUUUAGAUCGAGCCUCCACGUUGUCCACAACAUUGGGCAAACACUUUCUUCUGUCGCUGCCAACGAUGGCGCCUCAUCAUCAGAACAGCGUAGUAUUCUAUCUCUAUACAGAGGACGUCGACUCUUUUAAGGUUGUCUUGACAACGGAACACUACAAACUUGGACCGAAGCUAUCUACGGACAUAGUACUCAGUAGACUAAAAGACGAGAGUUAUAGACUGCAUCCCAAAUAUCACUAUGCUACAGGUUUGGGACUCAAGUGGACCUUCAGGUUUGUAGGCCCCACAAUGUUUGGCAUAACAGUCUUAAUGGAAGAAAGCUUGGAGUCUGCAGCUACAUUUGUUGCCCUUCCUGUUAGCUCAUGGGGCAGAAAAUAUUACGCAGUGACCCUGAGGCACGUGCCGACACUUCAGAUCAUAGCCAAUCAGCAAGCGCGCGUGCUGCUUGACGUCAGCUUGCACGGCGCAGAGCGUGACCCAGCGUCUCUGUUUGUCCAGUUUCUUAACAUCAGGCUGAAGCAUGGGGACAGAAAGACCUUACAUUUAAAUAGGUAUGAGGCUUAUGAUAUUUCCAGCUGUGACAACUUCAAGAGCAGCUUAUCUGGAACGAAAAUAACAUCAGAUGUGCCAGUGGGCGUGGUUUCGGGUAGCUGCAGGACUUCAUUCUAUGAGCUUCACAUGAACUGUAGCUACACUCACAGCUCACUAGACAUCGCAGCAGAGAUGCUGACCCCCGUACAGACGUUUGGAAGACAGUUCAUCACCCCGAAACUGUACCAGAGACAGUCCAGGGGGUCUUACAUCGUUAUCAGCAGCCACCACAACACCUUGGUGCAGUACGUCGACGACCACGGAGUCUCGAGAGAUAUCGCUUUGCCGUUGGCUGGCGAUGUAGUAGAGCUGACGCUCCGGCAACAUCCACGUCUGAUACAAGCCACCAAAGCCAUUGCCAUGUACUUCGUCCAACACUCCACCUGCCAGCCCACGAGUGCCUCACGCUACGAGCUGGGAGACGUCAGUCUGAUGCUUCUGGUGCCGCUACAGCUUUUCUAUUUCCAAUACACUUUCAGAGUCCCGGGAGUGAGGUUUGUCGAGAACUACAUCUUGAUUGUUAUUACCAGCAUCCACAGGAACUCUCUUUUAUUGGACGAAGAGUAUUUGAAUAGAAGACUGGACUGGGAUAAUGUGUGGGGCGCUGAGAGCUACUCCGAAGGAGCCCUGAAAAUUUACGAUGGAGUUCACAGCAUUCAAACAACAGAUAAAGCCGUGUUUGGGUGCUAUGUGUACGCCCUGAGGUAUAGGUUCUCCUACAUGCACCCUGCGGGCUACAGGGUCAUGAGAAUCAACAGGGAAUGCGAGAGAGAUGAGCUGUCAGAAGGAGACAAUGACACAAAUAAUGAAUGUGAUGAGUCUGUUGUUGAAAAGCUAGACAAGAUCAGUGAAGAAGAUAACGAUGUGAAUGGCCUGAAGUUAAGCCUCUUGGAAUCCAUGGACGACUUUGAGCAACAGCAAAGUGGGCUCACGGCCCGCUUAGCCACUGUGAGUGAAUGGAGUCCUUGGCAUUGUGCGCAAGACUGCAAUCAAAAUAAACUCAUAAGGACAAGGCAAUGUAGCCACUACGAUGUAAGAAAAAAGCCAGUAUGUAAGGAGCCACUUAUCGAGGAAGGACAACCAGAAGCGUGCUACGUUCGUGAAAUGUGCCCAGCCAAAUGCCCUUCAUUCACCUGGGGCUUAAACUGUUACCAGAACUGUAGCAAGUGUUACCAGCCCUGUAAUAAAUUCAAUGGAACCUGUUCUCAGUGCAAAGCUGGCUACAAGAACGCGAAGUAUGGCUGUAAUCAAAGUUGUGAACUAUUUGAAUUCGGCCAGGACUGUACGGGCAAUUGUCUGACCAAGUGUGACGGAGAAGACUGUUAUGAUCGAGUAACGGGCGAGUGCAAUACUUCGAAAAUCUAUUUUGUCGUUAUAUUUCUGCUGGCUCUUGUCAUACCAUGCUGUGCUGUAUUAUGUUCCGGGAAAUCCAAGUCCUACAGCUUUGCUGAGGAUGUCGAGUUUAAUGAUGGUCCUGCCUUUGAGACUGUGUUAAAUAUUCCAGACCGUUCUACGAUUUAGGGCUGAGCUUCUGUAAUAUUCUAUACUUCCACAACCUGACACACAGACGGGUACUGAUUAUUGAUAAGAUAGCACAGCUUUGCCUGGAUGACUAGUGCAGCUGUUGCGACUGACCGAGACAUUUAGAAUUGAAAUAUGCAUGCAGAAAAGACUAGAUAGAAAUUGUUUGGUUUGUUACAAUGUAGCUUAAAGUUUAAUACAUUAUUGUUUAGAUAGGAUAUGAAAGAGAAUGCACAUUUGUAUGUAAAGGCGUCUAUAAAAGUCUUGAGAUGUAUUCUUUACAAGUUAGCAUAUUUGUAUUUUCCUUGCCAAAUAGAAGAAAAUAAUUUGAAAUUCCCUAGAGUGUCAUGAAAAUAAAUGAUUUCUUAUUUAUUACUGUUUCAAUGAUAUAAAAUUUUUUGAAAAUCAA